AUGGGAGACCUGGUGUUCCACCACCUGUUCUGGGAAGGGGCCCAGUCCCCCUCCACCCCCUGGCCUGUCUUCAGCCCUAUAUUAGAGCCCCAGCCACAGCCCAUGUCCAACCUGCCUACAAGCCCGGUAGCCGAGUUGUCAAUGAUCUCCCUACAGUAUGAGCGUGACGGAGCCUUCUACCACACCUGUGGCGGCACCCUGAUCGCCGUGGACUGGGUCAUGACUGCGGGUCACUGCAUCUCGAGCGGCCGGACUUACCGGGUGGUGCUGGGCGAGUACGACCUGUCUGUGGUGGAGGGGUCUGAGCAGGUGAUCCCCAUCAACAAUGAGGACAUCUUCGUGCACCCCAACUGGAACCCCACAUAUGUGAGCCGUGGCAAUGACAUCGCCCUCAUCAAGCUCUCGAAAAGCGCCCAGCUGGGAGACGCUGUCCAGGUUGCCACCCUCCCCCCGGCUGGUGACAUCCUGCCCAACGAGGAGCCCUGCUACAUCACCGGCUGGGGCCGUCUCUCUACCAAUGGGCCACUCCCUGACAAGCUGCAGCAGGCCCUGCUGCCCGUGGUGGACUAUAAGCACUGCUCCAGGUUGACCUGGUGGGGCUUCAGUGUGAAGAAGACCAUGGUGUGUGCCGGUGGGGACGUCCGCUCCGGCUGCAAUGGUGACUCUGGAGGACCCCUCAACUGCCCUGGGACAGAUGGCACCUGGGAGGUCCAUGGUGUGGCCAGCUUUGUUUCCUCCCAAGGCUGCAACACCCUCAAAAAGCCCACGGUGUUCACACGUGUGUCGGCCUUCAAUGACUGGAUCGAGGAGACCAUAGCGAGCCACUAGGAGCCAGGCCGGCUGGCAGUGUGAUCCCACGUCCUUCAGAAAGAAUAAAGAUCUCUUGGAAA